AUGAGGCCCGACGCCAAGCCAGGCCAAGUGUUGGAGUACUUUGAAUCUGCGCGAGUCAGGGGCAGCAAGAUUGGAGGAAAGCUAAGCGCGGUCAUGCUGGAGUGGAUGGAGCGAAUCGCCACGGCCAAGACAGGGGCUUGGCGGCAUGAAAGCUGGGCUUUGGAAUUGGCCGACUUCUUCAAUGCACGCUACGGCGAUCCGAGCCCGGCGGGAAGCCAAGCCAGGUCGGAGCAGCGUUUGGGCCCCACGACACAACAUCUAGCCCACACUGACACCGACGUCAAUCGGAGCUUGGCUCCAUCAAGAGGACGGGAGGCUGGCGGCAAGAGUGACGGCGCCAUGGAAGCAAAUAAAGCGAGCGAGGCAAGCAAGCAGGCCAAGGUGCAAGGACGAGCGACCGAGCUUACGAGCCGCUCGCCUGCCGAAAAAGGAAGGAGACGACGGGCCGAGUUCAGCUCAGCUCAGCUCUGGCUGCCUUUCUUGCCUAAACCAGCCGCCAACGCGCGUGUGCAUUUCUGUUCGGAUCGUCAACCUGCAGGCAAAGCGGAGGCGAGACAAUAA